ACUUUCUAUUUUAAUUGUAGAUUGACUUUUCUCUUAGAUGGAACUCUCUUCUGAUUUCCUUGAUGUCAUUUGAAUGGGAUUUAUCAAUUUUCUUUUGCUGUUCUUUAAUAUUUGGUAGUUAAUUUUUCUUUUCUUUUCUUUUUCUCUUUAAUUUGGUCAGAUUUUGUAAUCAUCUUUAUGACUUGAAUACCCCAUAGACUUAGAUUUAUAAGAAAUACUUGUUGACUUACAAAUUAGUUGUCUUCCUAUCCCUUGUAUUCCUGUUUUUUAAACAAAACGACUUGUUCUAAUCCUUUUUUUUGAGUAAUUCCAAUUUCCAGCUAGUAAUGGAGAAAUCUCUCUCGAAUAACAAAUGUAUUAUUCAGAUCAAAUUUCUGCUUUGCAUUGUUGUUCUGACAAUCUUCCAAUCGAUGUCCUUCAAUCUUGCCUUGGCCUUGGGGAACGAAACCGACAGACUAGCUUUACUUGCCUUGAAGGAUCAGCUUGUUGAUGGUUCUCUUGGAGCUCUACUUUCAUGGAACGCUUCUCUCCACUUCUGUGAGUGGCAAGGUGUUCGAUGUGGUCCGCAGCAGCAGAGGGUAAUCAGUUUGAAACUGAAUAGCAUGAAAUUAGGUGGCUCCAUAUCUCCUUCAAUCGGAAAUUUAAGUUUCCUUCGAGAGGCUAACCUAUCUGAUAACAGCCUGCAAGGACAAAUCCCCAGGGAAUUUGGGCAGUUGAGGCGGCUUCGUUUUCUAAAUUUAAGUUACAAUAAUCUCCAAGGUAACAUCCCCAUGGAGCUCACCAAUUGCUCAAACCUCCAAUUGAUUAAUUUAAAUCACAAUAGCCUUUCUGGAAAAAUUCCAUUCAGCUUUGGUGAUGAUAAUAUGAAGAAUCUCACCAGACUCUCUCUUGCAGACAAUAAUUUGAUUGGGGGUAUUCCACCUUCCUUGGGAAACCUUUCUUCAUUGGAUUAUCUGCAACUUGCAGGAAAUCAUUUGGAGGGAGCUAUACCCAAUGCUUUAGGGAGAAUAUCAAACUUGAAAAUACUUGUCAUUGGUCAAAAUAACCUAUCCGGUACUAUUCCUUCUUCAAUUUACAAUCUUUCCUCUAUGACAUAUAUUGACAUGGGUGCAAAUAAAUUAUCUGGGGACCUUGCACCUGAAAUAGGUUUUGCUUUUCCAAAGCUUGAAAUACUGUAUAUUGGAGACAACCAAUUCACUGGAACAAUUCCAAGAUCAGUAAUUAAUAUCUCUGGCCUGCAACAGUUUGACAUCCAAACAAAUGGUUUCAGUGGAUCAGUUCCUGACAAUAUGGGAAACCUUCAGAAUCUUGAACUGUUUACCAUAGACUAUAACCACCUUGGAAUUGGAAAUGCAGGAGACCUGGAUUUUCUUUCUUCUUUAAUCAACUGCAGUCAGUUGACACUUUUAGCCAUCCAUGAGAAUAGAUUAGGCGGGGUGUUACCAGAUUCUGUAGCUAAUUUAUCAACCAAGCUUGAUCUUCUUUAUAUGGGAGGGAAUCGGAUUUCCGGAACUAUUCCUGAAGGCAUUGGCAAUCUUGUCAAGCUCACACAGUUUCAUAUAGGGAUAAAUUUGUUUACAGGCAACAUUCCUACUUCCAUUGGAAAGCUUCAAAAUCUUGGACGAUUUGACCUCUCUGUGAAUCGCUUUUCUGGUGAAAUCCCAUCCAGCAUUGAUAUUGGUAACUCGAAGAAUCUUGUAGAAUUACGAGUUGAUAACAACAAUUUCACAGGUGAAAUUCCUGAGAGACUUGGUGAGAUUUCUGCAUUAAGAAUCUUGCACAUGCAGGGAAACGACUUUCAAGGUAGCAUUCCUCUAUCUUUUGGCUUUCUAAGAGGGCUUGAAAACUUGGAUCUCUCUGGUAAUAAUUUGUCUGGCGCAAUACCAGUUGAUCUUCAAAACCUUCCAUUUUUAGUGAGUUUAAACCUUUCUUUCAACCAAUUAGAGGGUGAAGUUCCACAAAAAGGAGUUUUCAAAAAUACUAGUGAAUUUUCCAUUGUUGGAAACAAAGAGCUUUGUGGGGGAAUUCCUGAAAUAAAACUCCCAAAAUGCAUCAAUGAGGAAGCAAAGAAAAAAGGAAAAGUUUUGUCAACCAAAGUCAUUUUUAUUUUCACCAUUGGAAUUCCACUUGCCUCAAUUCUGGUUGUGCUUCUUGUUUUCCUUUGUUGGAGAAAAUGCUUUGGAAGGAAAAAUAUCCCUGUGCCUUUGCUGCCUGUUGGCUACUUGCGAGUAUCAUACAAGGAACUUCUUCGAGCCACAAAUGGUUUCGCAUCCUCCAACUGCAUUGGUAGUGGCAGUUUUGGCUCUGUAUAUAAAGGAAUUCUUCACCAACACAAAAACCCCGUUGCAGUGAAAGUGUUGAACCUUCAAAACCUUGGGGCUGUAAAGAGUUUCACGGUUGAAUGUGAGGCUCUAAGAAAAAUUCGACAUCGGAAUCUUGUCAAGUUGAUAACUUCUUGCUCAAGCAUUGACUUCCAAGGCAUUGAUUUCAAAGCUCUGGUUUUAGAAUUCAUGCCUAAUGGAAGUUUAGAUAGCUGGCUGCAUGAUCAGCAAUAUGAUCAGUCACGCCAUUUGAGCUUUGGUCAAAUGUUGGACAUAGCUAUAGAUGUGGCCAAUGCGUUGGAUUACCUUCACCACCAUUGUGGAAUGCUGAUUGUUCAUCGCGAUCUAAAGCCAACCAAUGUUCUUCUAGAUGAUGACAUGGUUGCACAUGUCAGUGAUUUUGGGAUGGCUAAGCUCCUUUCUAGUGCUGCAAGUUAUAAUCCGGGUAGCGAGCAAGCAACUUCCUCAGUCAUCAAAGGAACAAUUGGUUAUCUCGCCCCAGAAUAUGGCAUGGGUGGUCCUACCUCUCCCCAAGGCGAUAUUUACAGCUAUGGAAUUCUCCUCUUGGAGAUGAUCACUGGAAAGAGGCCAACAUAUGACUUGUUUCAUGAUGGCUUAAGCCUUCAUAAUUUCUGUAAGAUGGCAUUGCCAGAACAAUUGGAGGAGAUUCUAGAUGUUCGAUUGCUUCAACAAAUUAAUGAGACGAACAUAGAUGGCGAAAUAUGGGAGUGUUUGGUUUCUUUCACUCGAGUCGGUGUUGCGUGCUCUAUAGAUGCUCCCGUUGAGAGGAUGAAGAUUGAAGAUGCUAUCACAGAGCUACAUGCAAUUAAGGCAAGAUUCCAUGCACAGAAACAAGUUGUUCCAUAAAAGGGGAUAAAAGAUAUAUAGGCAGCACCAAACGAUGAAGAUUAAGAUAUGAUCGAAUUUCAUCGAAUGAUGGAUUAAAUUUAUCAUUUUUAAUGUGUAAUUUUUUAAAUUUUAAAGUAUAUGUAUAUAUGUCACAGGCUUGAGUCUUAAGCUGAGACACGUGCCUUAGCUUUUCGUGUGCUCGCGUGAGCCGUGACACGUGCACGAACUUCAAGAAAUAAUUGUUGGACCUAAUAUAAUCGCUUUAGAAGCUAAGACAAGAAAUUUCUCAAGACUUCGGAUGUGUUUCAACCUCUAUUCGUAAUUGGUAAUGUAUAUACAAAAGUUGUAAGGAAACUGCAACUAGGGGAGUAGGAAAUGUUUUGAGGGGACAAUCGCUUGCCUACCAUCUAGACGUGGCCACUUUGCCCAGUUCCACCUUUGCUGGCGGUCUAGAUCGUCUAAUAAU